AUGACUGAAGCCGCCCCCCUUAGAAAAAGUUCUGGAUCAGCCUAUGUCAAUACAUAUUUACUUGCUGAUCGUAUGGAUGGAUUUAAAUUGUAUGUGACCAACACAACAACUACACCACCUAACGGUUAUCUCUGUUAUGAAGAUCAUGAUCCUGAUCUUCCAGACCUCACUCAGACUAUUCCUUGUAAUCAACUUGGAAAAUAUGUCAUUUACUAUGAUACUAAAGGAUAUACUAGUCGCAAAGAGGGACCAAUUGUUGAAUUAUGUUACGUUGCCAUCAAUGAUAACGUGGCAUCUGACGGUUUGGUCUAUUUACAUCCAAUAGCAAGUGGUAAUCCACCAGCUAGUAUAGCAAAUGAUGGAAAUUACACAUCUUGCUCUAAAACAACGGGAGUCAAUGUUACAGUUCAGGUUGAUCUUAUGAAAAGAGGCAUUGGAAAUGGAAUGUAUGUCACUUUUGGUGAACCUACUGGCAAGGAGGGUCACCAUGUUGUUUACGCUUCAAAUAACAGUAACACCUGGAAUAUUGGAACAGUUUUAUACAAAGAAAGAUCUUUGCCGCCCGAGAUUAAAUUUAACGCCGUUUUCCGAUAUCUUACAUAUGUAUUUAAUCCAGAUCAGGGUCAACCUUCUGCAAUUGAACUAUGUGAAAUUGGAAUUUCUGAGUGUCCUUAUGGUCAAUUUGGACGGAACUGUUCUCAGUUUUGUGAGGGAUGUUUCCUUAGCAUGUGUAAUCCUGUAAAUGGAUUAUGUGAUAACACAUCUAUUUGUAGCCCAGGUUAUAUACAAAGUGCAUACUGCAAUGUUGUUUGUGACGACGGGUAUUUCGGUAGCAACUGCUCAAGAUUGUGUAAUUGUGCGACUGGAAAUUGUAGCGUAUUUACAGGAAAUUGUCCUGAAGGUUGUGCAAAUGGAUGGCGUGGCGAAGCAUGCGAUCAAGGUUAG